AUGCUGGAAGUAGAGGAUUUAUGCGAGGCAGGGUUCUAUGGAAUGAAACUGGAAGAUUUAAACAAAAAUGAGAUAAGAAUGCUGGUAGAUGCAGGCUCUGCCGAGGUUGUAACAGAGGCCUCGGUCAAGCACGUGGAGGAGACUUUGGACCCAUUGGCGUUUGUAAAAGACCAUACUUUCCACAGAACGUCGUAUGUGCGGGCUACAAACAAAGAGUUCACAAAGCACAUCACCAACGGCCGGCUGAAUUUCAACUGCCCAGAGUACUACUUUAUAUUCCACGAGCUGCUUGUGCACAGCAAGCCGGUGAGCUGCAGCGAAGUCCGGAUUAAGCUUAAGAUAGGCGCGAAGUCCUUCUUCUACUUCAUCAAGAAACUGGUGAAUCUAGGCAUAGUCGAAAAGGCAGGGAAUGCUAUAUCUAUAUCAAGCAAGAAAGAGCCUGUCCAGAGCGAGCCCUUGGACUAUCCGCCGCCAACACACUUGCUGAAGCACGUGCCUAUUUACACGCAAAUAAAAGGCAUGUUGCUAGGCCCUGAUGGAACCUCAACACAGAUGAUAAAGGAGCGCCUGGGCAUAAAAAACCGGCAGGCGCACGCUGCGCUGCGGCACGUGCUGUGCGAGUUCAAGGACCAAAUAAAAGUGAUGACUGAGUUUGAGGGGAAGACGCGGCGGCUGAGGUACAUCCUGAACGAAUACUACGAGCAGCAAAAGAAAAAGUUCGAAGAAAAAACACACGCAAGCACGGAAGGGGCGCUAGAACCGCAGAACGAGUACAUAAACACAGAAAUGCGCACACAGGCUAUUGAGGGCCUGGUGCUGAAAGAGCAUGCGAUUGUGUACAACAAAACAUUCCACCAGAAAAUAUCGGAGGUUUUGGGGAGCAAGCACACAAUAGACAAGAACACGGUUGUAAGAACAGCCAAUGCCUCCAGCAAGAUCGACGUGGUUCGCGUGUACAUAAACUAUCCGUCGAAAACCAUCACCAGAAAUGUCUUUAAAGUCGCCAGCAUAGACCCAACAGACGCUGCAGUGGUGGAGUGCAUACGGAGAGAGGGCCACCGGGCGUUCAGCAUAAUCACAAAUAGCGGGGUGGUUGAUUACUCGUAUCCCGACGACGAGCACAGCCCAGGGGCAUUUACACAGGAGGACCCACACAAGCUGCCGGCUGAGUACAAGAAAUACUUUAGGGGCAUCCUGUUUUCGGCGUACAACGACAUGUUCAAGUCAGAAAGCAACGGAUAUUUGAUAAAAAAGCAGGACAGGAUGCAAGUGCUGCAAAAGCACUGGAGGGCGUCGGGGGCGGUGGUGAGCAAGUCUCAUGAAACAGUUGACAAUCUGCCCCUUUACGUUAUUUUCUCGGUCUUUCCAUUUUCGACCCAAAACAUACGGGACAAAGUGAAGGCAUUCUACGAGGCAAGAGAAGAAAACUGGGAAGUGGCCACGUAUCGAGACCUUAGAAAGGAGUCUCCGGUGGAGCUCUCUAAGCACUUCACGUCCAAAAAGUAUCUGAACGAGCUUAUGGAGUACAUAGGCGAGAUGGUGGAGGACGGAGCCCUGGAGAAGGCCUCGGGCGCAGAAGGAGCAGCAGACAUGUACAGAGUGGCUCUGAGCGGAGAAAACGAGGAAGGCGCCGCCCCAGAGAAAACGGACAUGCCAAAAAAUGCUUUCUUGGAGAAGGACGAAAGAGAGGCGCUGUACAGCAGAAUGUGCGAAGAGAUGUGCAUGCGAGCAGACGGCCAAAUGAAAGACGCGCUUACCAGACACGUUGCAAUGGGGGUGGGCGUUGACGUGGUCAUGCACAGCGAGCAUUGCGAGCAGGCCAAGGCCGAGAUCAUAGGCCUGUUUGUGAAGAAGCAGUCGUUCAAGAAGGCGUACAUUCUUAGCAAGGAUCUUUUGAAGAUGUCUCCUGAAGACUGCACGCUAGCGCAUGCAGGGCCUCUGGAAAUAAACAACAAAGCGUACCCGAGAAAAACCGUGCUAGAGUGUAUCCGGGCAAUAAAAAAGGCGCUUUGGACAGGGCAGCCUGUUUUUGUGCUUAGCGAGCUGAGUGCAUACGACUAUUUUCUCCUAGAGUAUCUGACUUUGUCUCUCCGCAGCCAGAAUGUGCUUUCCUUCUCAAAGGCCUCGGUCCGGAAUAACGUAGCAGUGAAAAUCCGAAUAACCGAGGAGUACAAAAAGUCGGUCGAGUACAUCAAGAACACUGUGUACUUGCAGAGCACAGAGAAGCCCGCCGGCAGAGCAGGCUCCGGCCGCGAAAAAACAUAUCUGGAAACAUUUGAAAUCAGCUCUAUUACGAGAAUUUUUUCUCCAGACCAAAUUGUAUUCUAUACCUCUGCUUCUCUUUUUCUCUACUUAGCACACAAUGGAACAACCUCCAUAAAGAAGUUGACUAAAAAAGGCUUUAUAUCCGCAAUAGAGAUAGAAGACAUUGUGCAGAUGUACCCAACCGUGUUUUAUAUACAGAGCGCAGCGCCCCACGAGAACUCUAUAGUGGGUCUCAAAUAG